CAAGACCUUUCAAUAUCUACCAAGACUCUACCAAGACCUUUCAACAUCUGCAUCUCCGCGAUCCAUCACCUUAAUCGUCCAUUUUUCGAUCCCACGCGCAUUGACACUCGUCGUCGUCAACAUCUACAAACCCUUCUUCGAAUAUCCAACUCAACCAACACCAGCUUCAAACUCCCUCUUCGCGCAAACAUGUCCAACCAAAACUAUUAUGGCGGCGGUGCCCCUCCUCAACAACAGUACGGCGGCCAACAGCCAUAUGGCCAACCUCAAUACCCCCAGCAACCACAACAAUCCUAUGGCCCACCACAGGGCGGCGGCUACUAUCAACAGCCACCUCCAAUGCAAUACCCACCCCAGCAACAGUACCAGCAGGGUCCUCCUCCAAAGAAGAGCAGCGGGGGCGGCGCAGGAAAGGGUUGCUUGGCAGGUCUGUUCGCCGCGCUCUGCUGUUGCUGCGUGUGCGAGGAGGGAUGCGAGGCCUGCGCUGACUGCGCUGAGUGCGCCGAGGGAUGCUGCUAAAUAAUACCCCAUGGCCGAGAUGGUGGACGGUGAUAAGCUGCGGAUCUGUUUAUGUGAGGGCUGGCUGGGAAGUGGUGAGCCUUGGGGUGUAUAUGUAUUUUGACGCGCGGGAUAUUUGUACAAGGAGGGGGGGAGGCUGUGGAGUUUCAGUUAUUUCGCGCAAUGCGUUGGUUCGGACGGCGAAUUGGUCUGAGCAGAAUCCUUCAUUUAACAUCUCUUUAUGUCGAGACGUCUAAUUGAAUUGCAUGGCGACUUUGAAUACCUC